CCUGUAAAAAGUUAAUAUUUUAAAUAUAAUACUGUGUCGUUUGAUGACGUUUAUAGAUUUAUUACAUAUUAAAAUUAUGUCAACAUUUACAUUUGGAACACCUGCAACUUCAAGCAACACAAAUUUUGGAUUUGGACAAAAACCUGCAACAGGCUUUAAUUUAACUAGUACACCUUUUGGUUCAAGUACUUCAGCACCAACAUUAACUUUUGGAACUUCUUCUACACCAGCAACAACUACUGGUCUUAGUUUUGGAUUCAAUACUGCACCUGCAACUUCUGCACAAACACAAUCAAGUGGUUUACUUUUAGGAUCAAAUAUAACUACUACAACAACUUCAGCUAGUUUAUUUCCAGUUCCAACUACAUCUGCACCAUUAUUUGGUAGCCUUACUUUUGGUACACCAACAGCAAGUACUACUUUAACAUUUGGUACUCCAUCUGCAACAUCUACAACUGGAAAUGUUACCUUUGGUAUACCUAGUACUACAACAUCAUUAUUUGGUAAUAGCAGUUUAUUGGGAUCAAAAUUAGCUACUGGUACUAUAACUACUACAAGUAUUAUAAAUAAAGGAUUAGGUGGAAUAGAUGUAUCUCUGAGUAAUAAAGGACUUUCACAAGAAAAUACUAAUCAAGCUGUUAAAGAAAAUAUUUGGCCACCAGAAUUAUUACAGACAAUAGAAAAGUUCAAAGAAUUUGUAAAAGAGCAGAAAGUACUGUCUUCAGAUAUAGCAAGAGGUUCUGCAAGACCAUUGAAUCGAUGUGCAGAAGAUACAGCAUCAUUGAUGGAACUUCUAACAACAUUAGCUGGAUCUGUUCAACGAGAUCGUUCUGCUGCUGAUAAGUUAAAACAAGAUACUGCAAAAGCAUUACAAAAUGCUGAAAUAGCUCAAAGAACACAUGAUACUCCAUCAGGAUUACAAUAUGAAAAUAAUGCACCAUUAUUAUUUUUUAUGGAAUUAGCUGAUAGUUUUGAACAUGAUUUAAUGUUAUUUAGAUCUCAAAUUGAAACAACAGAAAAACAUAUACAAACAAUGAUGACUCCAAAAACUUUAACACCACAAGAAUUGACAAUGGCAAUGAGUAAACUUCAUGAGUCUCUUGUAGCUGUUGCUGGUAAAUUACAAGGUGUACAUUCAAAAGUACAGCAACAAAAAGAACAAUAUUUAAACUUUAGAAAAUAUGUUUUAAAAGAUAAUACCAACGUUUUUGAAGAUAUUAAAAUAGAUGGAAAAACAUCACGAAAUAGUAUUGGAAAAAUACCAGGUCCUACUCCAUUUGGUCCGGGAAAUAAAAGUUUUCUUUCAUCAACAGCAUUAAAUUCUAAUAGACCAGGAAGUUAUGAAACACGAAAUCCACUAGGUCUUGCCUGGAUUUAGUAUAUAAGGAAAAGAGUAAGGAAUCUAUUUUAGUUUACGAGUUUGGAGAAAUACAAUAUCAACACCAUGUGCUACUAAUAUUACUCUAAGUUCAUCAUUGAAACCACCAACAGCAAGUUUGACCUUUAAUACUCCAUCAAAUUUUACAACACCUUUACCAACGAGUGAAUCUAAUUCAAAUUUUCAACUUCAGAAACCUCCUAUUGGUAAUAAAAGAGGAAAACAUUAAAUCAUAUUUAUGUUUAUAGUUAUUUAUUGUAUUAAGUAUAUUUAACAUAUGGUUAUAAAUAUUCUGUUUCAAUUUUUAUCAUGAAAUAAUAUUAAAAUUUUGUUUCUUUUAAUAUUAUUUUUUUAAUAAUAUUAUAUUUAUUGUAUUAAAUAUGCUUAACAUAUUAUAUUUUUUUGUAAUGAUAUAAACUUGGUCAAAACUUGCAAUUUGUGAAUUAUUGGUAUAAAAAAAAACCAUCAUUAUAUACUAUAUUUUUUAUUAAU